AUGGGAGACAUCGAAUACGAACUGAGAGGUAUCAUUUCCGGACAUAACAAAGGAGUAAGAUGCAUUUGUGUAAUUAAUCAAACCCUAUUUAAUGAAUUAAAAGAAUCCCAGCUGAACUUUGAUUAUAUAGUUAGUGCAGAUUUCACUGGGACAAUUUUGGUGUGGAAAAUAAAGAAUGAUGAGGAUAUACCCAUUAAUGAAGUAUCACCUGAUGACAACAUAUACAAAGAUAUAGAAAUUUUUCCAUCACAUUUGUGUGAUAAUUAUGAACUAUACAGAAAAAUAGAAGUUCACGAAAGGUUCGUUUACGCAAUGACUUAUAGUAAAUUUAUAGGCAUAAAUGAAUUGAAGAAAUGCAAACAAAAACUGGAAGAUCAUUUACAUGUGUAUAGCGGAGGGAGUGAUCAGAGAAUUUAUCUAUUUAACCUGAAUGGCUAUAUCGAAUUAGUGUUGCAAGGACAUAAGAAUAGUGUAUGUAGUAUAGUAGAAUACAAUGAGAAUAUUUUACUAAGUGGGGAUUGGAAUGGAGAUGUUAUAAUGUGGAGAAUUGAGAAAAUUAAAGAAUAUAUGGAAAAUCAAAAUUUGGGAAUAAACACUAGUGGAGAUAACAAGAGUGGUAAUGAAAAAAAUCCUCUUUGUGGAAAUAAGUACACCUACAGCAUACUAAGAAUUUUAAAUAAUCAUAAAUAUGCUACGUAUGUAAAUUGCCUGAAUGAUUUUUUCCUUACAAUUUCGCAAAAUAAUAUACUGAAUAUAUGGAAUAGCGAAGGAGAAAAAACAGAUGAAAUUAAAAAUAUACACAAUGAUAGUGUUCGGGAUAUAAUAUUAUUUAAUGAAAAUAAAAAUGCAGUUACCUUUUCGAAUGAUGAAACCAUUUAUAUUUAUGAUUCAAAUUUUAAUAUACUAAAAAUUUACAAAGGACAUCAAGGUUUUAUCUUCUGCGUUUGUGUAAAUGAAAAAGAAAAAAUAAUGUACAGUUGUAGUGACGAUAAAACUAUCAAGAUAUGGUGUAUAAAAGACAUUUACAACUUAAUGGAAAAAUAUGAGUCAGGUAUGACAAAUUUAAAUAAACAACAGUUAAUGAAUGAUGAAAAAAAUUCUUCUUGCUUACAGACAAUUUAUCUCUCUGAUACCUUAUGGAAUAUCAAAGUGCUAGGAAAUGGCGACUUUGUUUGUGCGUGCAAUGAUAGCUAUAUUCGCAUAUAUACCAACAAAAAAGAGAAUAAACUUAGUGCAGAUGCACUAAAAGAGGUUCUCGAAAAGUGUAAAAAAAAAAACAUAAAUGAGCAAAGUGGAAAUAAUGCAGGAAAUGCAAUCAAAGUAGAAAAUAUGAAAAACAUUUUAGGGAAAGAAGGAGAAACGAAAAUUUUCCAAAACAAAGGAAAAUAUGAAGCAUAUAAAUAUGAGAACAAUGAGUGGGUGCUUAUAGGUGAAGUAGUAGACGAUAACAAAUCCCAUAAAAAAUUUUAUAUAGGGGAUAAUAUAUUUCAACAGGGAUAUUAUGAUGAAAUAAUUUCCAUAGACACGGGAUAUGGAAGUAUAAAACAGAUGCCAUACAAUACAAAUGAUAAUGUUCAUGUCCUAGCUGAAAUGUUUUGCAAAAGAGAAGGUAUUUCUAUUAAUAAUAUAAAAUCCAUCGUCGAUUUUGUUAACCAGAAUUAUGCAUUCAAGAAUAUGGAUUCCACAGCUAUAGCAAACACCACCAGUUUUAAUACGAUCCAUGGUGCUAAAAAGUUUACUACUGUUUUAAAUGUGUUCACCAUCGAAAAAGCUUCCCUAGAUAAAAUUUUACAAAAAAUUCAAGAGUUUAAUUUGUUACACUCAAGUGACGAAAAACAGGAAUGCAAAUUAUCCAAUGAAGAAAUAAAUGCAUUAUCAAAUAUCAUAAACUUAUACAAAACGAAUAUAAGAAAUAUGUACAAAUUUAACACAGCAGAUAUAAACCUAAUUAAAAAACUUUUUAAUUGGCCCCCCUUUCAUAUAUUUCCAGUGAUAGACUUAUUUAGAGUGUUGGUGUUAAAUAAAAAUUGUGACUUUUUAUAUAAUAAUAAAUAUGCAUUCAACACAUUUAAAUUGGUUUAUGAUUGUGUUACAUAUUACGUAACCAAUUCGAUAGGUUUAAAAGAAAAUGAGGAAAAUAAACUAGAUUCUUUACUAUUGUGUUGCCUUCGCUUUUAUUUAAAUAUGUUUAGUUUAUCAACCCCUAGAUAUUACAUGUAUAAAAAGUACAAUUUUAUUAUUAAACAAUUCUCCGAAAUUAAAUCAAAUAAUUUUAAUAUUAAUAUAUUAUUUAUGAAAAUAUUCUUCAAUUAUGUGAUAAUAUUAAACGAGAAUAAUGACCAGGAAUUAAGAAAAUCAAUAUUUGAAGUCUUGCAUUCAAUUAAUCACAAAAUAAAUGAUAUUGAACUUUUGUAUAUAUAUUCUAUUUGCUUUCAUACGUCCCACAACUUACACACGAAGGAGACAAAAGAAAUUAUAAAAAAAUAUGGCUCCAUUGAUUUUAUCAGAAACAAAUUAAGUUCCUUACUCUCUUUGAAAAAUGAGCAAAAUGUCAAGUUUUUCCAAAACGUUGAUUUUAUUUUGGAGGACAUGUCAGAAUAG